AUGUCGGAGACAGUUUAUCAAAACUUUCCAGUCGCACGGUUUGCCCCCUUUUUCAAACUACCGGCCAUGAGAGUAUUCCGUGCUGCUGGGGUCCACGAGGAACAUGAGGGGGAGUACGCUUCGUUUCCGCUUUCUUUGAAUCUGGAGCCUAAAUCCUCUCAAGUCAGGAGGAUUGUUCUCGACCAUUCAAACUGUAGACGUGGAAUGAUCGAGUACGUCUCAUCGUGUGCCAAUCUGGAAUACUUCGAGUAUCAGCACUCCAGCGCUGCCAAUCACGGGGAUGCGUGGCUAGAUUUUCGGCCACGGCGAUUUCACGCCGCGUUGUUUACCCAGAAACAUAGUCUGCGCGUGCUACGCCUGAACGACAGCGGCAUUACAAAAGGGGUAGACGACGUUGGCAUGGAAGAUGAAGGUAUUUACUCGGGGGACGAUGUGGAAAUUGAGCCUUGGUUCGGCAGCCUGGUCGAUUUCACGGAGCUACGAGAACUGCGCAUACCCGUGCGUAAUCUCUUGGAUUUGGACCACAGACACCGUGGCCUAGGCUCCUCCUUGGAAGAAAUUCUCCCGUGCAGCUUGGAGUAUCUCUGUCUGGCUAAGACUGACCAGGCUGAGUUUGAUACUGUCGAGCGUCAGCUCCGUUAG